AUGUCGACAAAUUCUUCAUUUAUUAUUCGUCUACAGAAUUUACCAAAUGAAGCUAAAGCUCAAGAUAUUCGAAAAUUUUUUGCCGGUUUAUCAAUUCCUGAUGGUGGUGUUCAUGUGGUUGGCGGAGAAAAGGGUGACGCAUUUAUUGCAUUCAAUACGGAUGAUGAUGCUCGGCAAGCAAUGAUGAAAGAGGGUUCUAUAUUGAAUAAUCCAAUCAAACUUUUUUUAAGUAGUCGUUCAGAAAUGUCAGAAAUAGUAGCAAAAGCAAGAACACAGCCUACAGGAUUGACCAAAAAACCGUCAGAAAGUACAACAGUAACAACAACAAGUGCAACAUCCAACUUUCAUUCGUCGUAUUAUCCAAAUUUUUCAAAUGCAAAUUCGACACCCAUAACUACCACAACGACAACUGCUACAAGUGAAAUGACCAAAAAUACAGCUCAACCGCCAUCUUCGAAUAAUUUAGCCAAUGAACUUGCAGCUAUUCUCAAUGCAUUACAAUCACAACAAACUCCACCUCUCUUAGAUACAAGCACAAUAAAAUCACCCAAUACAUUUGCACACCCACAACAAGGCACAGUAUCACCGUCAUUUAACCAGAAUCCAGUACAAAGCGGCGUCGGUAGUGGUAAUCAAACCGGGCAAGUUCCAAAUAUCCAAGCAUUAUUACAACUUCUCACAGAAAAAAACAUACCAGGAUUUCAACAACAGCAACCAACAUUUCAAAUGCCGUUUCAUCCACCAUUUAAUAAUCAGGUGCCACCUGUUCAACGAUUUGGACAAUCGAUGCCUCAACCACAGCAAUCGAACGGAGGAUGGAUUGCUCAAUCACCCGUUAUAACAAAUACUUUUAAUCAUCAUCAAAACGUUCCAUCACUCUAUCAACAUCCUCUUCAAACACAACAGCAACUGAUGUCUCAUCAACGAUCUCUCCCCUUGAUUCAAGAUGAUAAUUCUAAUCGGCAAGGAGUGAUAAAUAGUCAUAGUUCAGAAUCGACAACAUCUACAACAACGGGUUCUAGUUCAUCAUCGUCUCUUUACGGUCCAUCAUCGUCAACAACAAAACAACAACAAUCAUUAGCCGAUGAACCGUACAUUAAAAUAAAAAAUAUUCCCGUAACAUUUACCUAUUCUGAUAUAAAAAUGUUUUUUAAUAAAUAUAAAUUAAACUUAAGUGAUAUUAAAAUUAUCAACGAUCACAACGGUCAACGAACAGGUGAAAUUGUGUUACGUUUACAUUCGAACAAUGACGUUAGUGAACUAUUGAAUUUAAACGGUCGAAUACAGUGUAUGAACAAUUAUUUAGAUAUUAGAAAGAUUGAUGAAUAUACAUUUGCUAGUUCAAUUGAUUCGUUUAUACCUACAGCACUAUCAAAAAAAAAAGCGUUAAUACCCACGAAUUGUGUUAAGGUUUUACAGUUACCACCAAAAUGGGAUAAAAGAGAUAUAAAACGAUAUUUUAAUGGUUGUAAUUUGACACGAGAUCGAAACGGUGGUAUAUUUUUUGAAUUAGAUAAUAAUGAAAUGAAUCGUGGUCCAACAUACAUUGAAUUUGAACAUGAAAUUGAUGUUGAAAAAGCAAUGUUUUAUAACGGUGAAAUUGUUGAAAAUUCAAAAAUAGAAGUUUGUCGUAUGACAAAAUCAGAAAUGGACAACGAAAUAAGUAAUUCAAAGCGACGAGACCGUCGACGACCACCAUUACUAACUCAUGAUGGAGAACCGAAUCGUUCAUCUCCUUUAGUUUUAAACCCACCUGCUCAUCGUUCAAAUGAAACACGCUAUACUCGUCCUGAUAAUCAUUAUUCAAAUAAUUCGAACAAUUCCCAACAACAACAAAUUGAUCAUUCUUCUCCACAUCAUCAACAGAACAGUUAUCAAACGUUUUUAUUUCAUCAACAACAGUAUCCAUCACCCAUCACAUGUUUGCGUUUAAGAAAUAUUCCUUACACAACAACCGAAAAUCAAAUACGUGAUUAUUUCCAAAGUAUCAAUGUUAAUAUUGAAAGCUGUAAACUUCUAAAUGAUAAAUUUGGACGACAGGCUGGUGAAGCAUUUGUACGUUUUCAUGAUACGCAAUCAUGUCAACAAGCAUACGAAAAAAAACAACGACAGAUAUUCUAUGGACGUUGUCUUGAUAUUCGACCGUUAGCAUUAACAGAGUUCAAUCAAAAUCCUUCACCAUUGCCAAUGAAUGAGGGUAGAGAUGCAACACCACGUUCCUCAAACGAUUUGCAACAACAACAACAACAAAAACGAUCAUAUUAUGAAGAACGUAAAAGAACGUAUGAUGAUAAACAGAAGCGGCUUCGUUUUAAUAAUGGCUACCAUUCUCAAGAUGAUCAACGUCAUACCUCAUCUCCCAUUCAAAAUUUGGAUGAUUUAAAUUCAACAACAGAUUAUCAACAACGAGCAACGUCAAUUCGUCAUAAUAAUACAUCGUCUGAUCCUAAUAAUUUAUCGAAUUUACCACCAUUACCUGAACAUAUGGAAGUUUAUCGUGGACGUAUAUUAUAUUUAUCAAAUGUUGCUUAUCGUGCAACACGAGAAGAAAUAUUAGAUUUAUUAAAACCAUUUAAUCCAAUUGAAGAAACAUUAAAAAUUCGAUGCGAUAGUAGUGGAAAACCAACAGGUUUUGCAGUGGUAGCUUGUGCUGAACCGCAUGAUGCACAAAAUGCUGUAUCAAAUUUAAACAAUCAAACAUUCAUCUUUCGAAAAAUUUAUUUAGCACAAAAAUAG